AUGGCGGAUGCAGUGAGAAAUAUUAUCAUCAAGCUGGGAAGAAAAGUUCAUUCACCAGAAACAGCCACGAAGCAUGUCAAAACUCUUCUCCAACUCGCUAUGAAAAAGAAGUUGAAGCUUGACCCUGAUCUCCGUGACGAAAUCGUGGUCAUAGUGUUCUCAGAUUACCCAGAGUUCUAUGCGGAUUGGUCCGACGAAGACACAAGUGACCUCUUGAUGUUAGCCUCCGACGCGAGUGAUGAUGUUAGCCCUGCGUCCAUUCCUGAGCCUGAAGAUGGUAACCGUGCUGGGGCUUUCCUCCAAUAUUUCGCCCAAAGGGCUCUGGAAUCCGAAGAAGUCUCGCGUCGACGGGUAGCAGCUCAACCUCUCUAUCUUCAAACUGCACAGAAAGAAGCCACACACCGUAUCGAGAUUCUUUGUAACAGGUCUAAUACUUCUGAAGCCCCUAUUGAGAUAUCUCAUGAUAAGCCUGAUGAUUUAAUUUCUGAUGCUAUUGAAUCUGCUCUGCCUGUUGUUCAAUCCGAUAAUGAGAAUGUUUUUCUGUCUGAGAAAUCCUCUGUGUCUGAUGAUCCUUUUCGUGUAUCUUCUAAAAAUUUGGAGUCUGCAAUAGUUGUCCCUAACAGUGAUUCUGAUGAUAAGGUAGACAAUUUGAGUCUAGUUGUGUACUCUGCUGAUGUUGCACGAUCUGCUAUUCCUGUUUUACCCACAUCUGAUGUUGCUAAGUCACCGGUUGAAGUUUGCCCAGUAGAUGUUUCUCCUAAGCUUGACAGUGAUGAUGAGAAGAUACUGGCUGAAGUUUAUGGUCCUCAAGCUCAGUUGUCUGGACCUCUUACAGUGGAAGCAACAGCACAUCCAGACUCGACUACCUUCAAAAUUCGAGAAGUCUCCAAACUUCUUGGCUCUUCGUCUGCUCCUGUGUCAGAAACAAGCCACUCGGUUUCACCAAGCCCAACCAAUCAUUCUCCAUCCAGAGAGACAAGAAAAUCAAAGCGCAAAGGGAUUCCUGAGAGAGUAGCAGUUGAAACCGGUAAUGAUAAUCUUGAUAUGGUUUUCAAAACUCUGCGAUCAUCUGUCAAGAACAAGGCACCUGCUACGGUCUCCACCACCUCUACCAGAAAGAUGAAACCAACUAUAAGGUCGAGAGGAAGGAGUGUUACUCCUGAUGUCCAAGCUGCUUCGGACAACCCUGACACAUCGAUUUACAAACCUCAGUUUGUUUCUGCUAGAGCUCAAGGAAAAUGGUCUACGAUGGUUCGACGGGAACUUAUAGUUCAGCGAUCGGUUGAUGAAAAUCAGUUGAAUUCUGUCUGUGACAUUCUGCCGUUGCUCAGUGAAGUUGGCCUCAUGAAGACUAUCACUUUUAUUUGCCCUUACUCCAAGAUACUGACCUACGAGUUCUUCUGUAAUCUGAAUGAAGAAAUUGACAAUCUUUCGAGGACCCGGUGCAUGCAGAUUUUCAUCAGAGGAAAAUGGUAUGUUUUUGGUCCAGAUGUGAUUAAUGAGUAUUAUGGUCUGAAGGCUGUUGAUGAGGAAGAGAUUACGGAUUGGGAUUUAGUUGCAAGGACUCUUACUAGUGGUCAGACUCCUGUAUGGCCUACAGGUGAUGUUGAUACUCUGUCUAGCUCGAAGCUCACCUCCAAAUAUGUUAUUCUGCACCGUAUUGCCUUACACAAUUGGCUACCUUCUGCACAUUUCCAUACGGUUAGCAAGCAACUGGCUGCUCUUCUAUUUCGAAUUGGCACCAAAAUGACCAUUGAUCUGGGAAAGUGGAUCUUCUAUCAUUUCCUCACGUUGAUUCAUCCGAGGGAACAGAACGCGCGACUGCCUUAUCCUAAUCUCAUUUUUGGAGUUCUGACAACGCAGGGUCUGGUCCCAAUGCCAAGCGAGAUUAUCUGUCCAACUCUGCUCUACACUGUUGAUCCACGUCUAUUGACUUGCAAGCACAUCCGAUAUGUUACACCUGUGGCUGCGCCUCCAUCCUCUGAUGCUGACACUCAUGUUGAUGACUCGCCACAUGCGAGGGACAUUCAGCUAUCCCUUCGAUUGAAGGCUCAGGUGUCUGAGCUGGAAACUGUUAAUGGAAUCAUUGCGAAGCAGCUCACAGCAGCACGUACUGAACUUGCAAUUGUUCUACUUCGUCUGAGCCUGACUGAGUCUGCUGCUGCUGAGAAUGUGAAGUCCGACAGUGAUGAACUCUCGAAUGCCUGA